AUGAGCAGGCGAGGGUCCACCGACCUCGCUAUGGACCCCGAAAAAUUGGACUCUUCACGCGACGACAACACGACCCUGGAAGACAAGAGUGGUGUUAACGUUGUGGUCAGUCAACACGCGACUUCCAGCCCGGAACCGGCCCCAAAAGUGCCUACGACGCUCGCUGCAGAUGAUCCCGAAAAUCCGAGGAAUUGGAAGGUAUCAAAGAAAGUCAUUGUCAACAUUGUGGUCUGUGUCUGGGUAUUGUCUUUGACCUUUUCCUCCACCGCAUAUGUCGCCAGCUUGCCUGAGAUUGUGAGAAGAUACAAUAUUUCUUUCGAAGUCGCAAUCCUUGGGGUCACUCUAAAUAUCUUCGGUUUCGCUGCCGGACCGUUACUGUUCGGACCCGCAUCUGAAGUUUAUGGGCGACAAGCAGUUCAUCGUGUCGCAGGCGUAGGCUAUAGCGCUUUUGCAUUUGGUGUUGCCUUUGCACCAAAUACUCCCGGCUUCUUGGUUAUGCGAUUUUUCGAUGGUUUUUUUGGCGCAGCGUCAAUAAAUAAUGGCAAGUUCGGCUUUCUUUCGAUUAGUGUCUAUACUGAACGUCCGUCAAGUGCCGGCUGUCAUCGGAGACUACACCACUCUUCAUCAACGACUGCUUUACUCUUCAUUGUGUUAGUGUUGAUGUUUUUAGAUGGAACAAAACUGACGUCCUCAGACGCGCUGAUGGCAUUUGGCGGUCCUUCACUUGGCCCGUUGAUCUCCUCGUUCGUUCAGACUGAGGCUGGAUACCGGUGGAAUUUGCGCGUGAUUGCGAUUUUCAGCUCUGUCACGAGUCUUAUGGUUGCAUUCGUACCAGAGACGCAUGGGCCAACACUGCUCAAAUGGAGGCUUCAAAGGGAGAAUAAAGAAUUGGCGCCUAAAACCGACAUCAAAAAACUGAUGUCAGUCCUCAAAGUUGCCAUUUCGCGGCCAAUCGUUUACCUGUUCACUGAGCCGGUGGUUAUGCUGGUGUCGAUUUACCUGAGCAUCUUGUAUGGCAUCCUCUAUGGAUUCUUUGAAGCAUUUACGGUUGUUUGGGUCCGAACUCGCGGCUUCUCCCCCACGUCGUAUGGCUUGACCUAUAUCUCACUGGGCCUUGGGUUCCUGUGCGCUAUAACGAUGGUGGUUACUAUCGGUCAGUCGAUGUAUACGAAGAGUGCAGCAAAGGAUAAAGCACAAGGCAUUCCCGUCCAGCCUGAGGCAAGAUUGAUUCUUGGGUACUAUGGCGCCAUUAUGUGUCCAAUCUCACUGUUCAUUUUUGCCUGGACUGCCCCUUAUAAACAUGUUCAUUGGAUUGCUCCUUGCAUCGGCGAGUUCCUUUUCUCGGGAAGCAUGCUGCUGAUCUUCACGGGUUUUAUUCCGUUCCUUAUCGACUGUUAUCAACUGACCGCGGCAAGCGCUUUGGCUGCGGGAAUGGCCAGCCGCUCUUUCGUUGGCGGCAUAUUUCCUUUGUUUGCCAUCCAGAUGUUUGAAGGCUUGACGGUGCAAGGCGCGACCUGCCUUUUAGCUGGCAUAGCGUGUUUGUGCGCACCAAUACCAUUCAUCUUCAAAAGAUAUGGGACGAGGUUACGAGCUCGAAGCAAGAAUGCAGCAGUACAGAGCACCUAA